AUGACGGGGGAACACGGAGAACCAGCGCAGCUUCUGCAGACACUCAGCGGCAGCAGUCAUUCAUCAGUCCGUCUGUCCUGCAGCAUCAGCAGCAUCAGCAGCAUCAUGACGCUCCGGCUCCUGCUCUGGGUGUGUGUUUUCAGUCCGGCGUGUUCUUGGCACGACUUGGACAACAGCGAGUUCGACUGCUGGCCACUAGAGGGACCCAACGAGUUCAACAUGGUGGAGUGUGGAGGUCUGGAGAUGUCCUGGGUGCUGCGGCCCCCCGAGGAGGUGAAGAGCGGGGAACCGUUCAGCGUCGUCUACUCCGUCUCGGCCCGGGACUCCUUCUACCAGUGGGCCGUCCAGAACCAGGUCUUCCCCCGCAGCUCGGUCCCCGACACGGCGGCGGCCCGGAGGUUUUGCCAGGACCAGGACUGUCCGGCCGACUGGAAGGACGCCGACGGGGAAAACUGCUGCAUCCACCACGCCAACGUGCACUCCUGCCCCCUGGGAUACCUGGCGACUGAGAGCAUCUGCGGCCCCUGGAUCCCCGACGACGGGAAGAUCUUCACCCACACAAUCUCCACGUCGGGCCGGAUGACGCAGCACAACUGGACUGCUAAGGUGGUUCUGAUCCAUCCAGGUCUGACGUCUCUCAUCGCUCACAUCCGAGUGGGUAACAUGCAGGCCGCCCUGGAGGCCAAGAGCACCGUCCUCCCUGCCGUCGUUUGUGGCGACGGUGUCUGCGAGGAGGCGGAGCUUUGUUCCACCUGUCCGGCCGACUGCGGCGACUGUCCCAUGAGCCCCGUCACCAAGCUAGCCAUCGGGCUGCCACUCGGCAUGCUGGUCCUGUCCCUCGCCCUGACGGCGGUGUGGCUGAGGUACCAGAAGGAGAAGCUGCUGUGGGACGAGAGCUGGAUCAUCGACUUCUUCACCAUCAAACACGACCAGGAGACUCGGCUGACGACGGGCAGCAUCAUCAGCGUUCCUGCGGGGAACAGCGACAGCAACGCGAGCUGCGUCACGGCGCUCAGCUCCUGCACCGGACAACCGGGAACCAGGAGGACCCCGUUCACCUGCACCGGGAUCUAUGACGGCAGGACAGUCGCCAUCAAGAAGAUCCAGACCAAAACCUUCUCUCUGUCCAAGACCAUCAGACAGGAAGUCAAGCAAGUCAGGGAACUCGACCAUCCAAACCUCUGCAAGUUCGUCGGCGGCUGCGUGGACGCCCCCAACGUUGCCAUAGUAACAGAGUAUUGCCCCAAGGGCAGCCUGAACGACGUGCUGCUGAACGAGGAGAUUCCCCUCAACUGGGGCUUCAGGUUCUCCUUCGUCAUGGACGUGGCCAGAGGGAUGUCGUACCUGCACCAGCACCGGAUCUGCCACGGACGCCUCACGUCCCUGAACUGUGUGGUGGACGACCGCUGGGUCUGCAAGAUCACAGAUUUCGGCCUGAGCUCGUACCGCCGGCUGGAGGGGGCGGAGCCUCCGUCCAGCUACCAACAGCGGCUGCAGGAGGUUCACCUGCCGCCGGAGUUCCAGAGCUGCAGCCCGGAGCCCACGCUGGCUGGAGACGUGUUCAGCUACUCCAUCAUCCUGCUGGAGGUGGCGACACGCAGCGACCCCGUCCCGGCGGAGGAGUCCGGCCUGGAGAGUUCCUGGUGCCCCCCCCUCCCGGAGCUGAUCUCCAGCAGGGCCGACAGCACCUGCCCCUGCCCGGCGGACUACGUGGAGCUGAUUCGCCGGUGCCGCGCCCACAGCCCCGCCCACCGCCCCACCUUUGAGCAGAUCAGGAAGUUCGUCCACCGAAUCAACCCCGUCAAAGUCAGCCCGGUGGACCUGAUGAUGACGCUGAUGGAGAAGUACAGCAAACACCUGGAGUCUCUGGUGGCCGAACGAACGCAGGACCUGAUGCACGAGAAGCAGAAGACGGACCGACUGCUGUACAGUAUGCUGCCCCGGCAGGUGGCCGACGACCUUCGUCAGGGGAAACUGUCGGAGGCCCAGAGCUACGUCAGCGCCACCGUCUUCUUCAGCGACAUCGUGGGCUUCACCCAGCUCUCCAGCAGCUCCACCCCCUACCAGGUGGUGGAGCUGCUCAACAAGCUCUACACCACCUUCGACGACAUCAUCGACAACCACGACGUCUACAAGGUGGAGACCAUCGGAGACGCCUACAUGGUGGUGUCCGGCGUCCCCCGGGAGAACGGGAUCCUCCACGCCUCCGAGGCGGCCAGUCUGGCCCUGGACCUGCUGGACGUCUGCAGGACCUUCAGGAUCCCCCACCGGCCCGGGACCGGCCUGCAGAUCCGGGCCGGGAUCCACUCCGGUCCGGUGGUGGCCGGAGUGGUCGGUACCAAGAUGCCGCGCUACUGCCUGUUCGGUGACACGGUCAACACGGCGUCCAGGAUGGAGUCCACCAGUCUGGCCCUGAAGAUCCAGUGCAGCUCCAGCACCUUCUACCUGCUGGAGGAGCUUGGCGGCUACGUCCUGGAGUGCAGGGGAGUCCUGGAGGUCAAGGGGAAGGGAGACAUGGUCACCUACUGGCUGGAGGGCAAGAGGACCGGCCUGGACCCAAAACCCGGUACCAGGACCGGUACCAGGACCAGCAGGAACUUCACCAAGGAGACGGAGCUGUUCUCGUCCAUGCCGGGGUUUCUGGAUGAGGACCUGCUCAUGGACCGGGCCUGA